AUGUGGUACGAGUCUGUUGGGAAAAGGGGAAGCUCAGAAAUAGGCAGCUGUUUGAUGCGCUUUAUCGACCUCAAAGUACAUGAAGGUACGAGAGAAUUUUCUUUCUAUUCCGACAAUUGUGCAGGUCAAAAUCGAAACAAAUGUAUUUUUAGUACGUAUAGCUUAUUAGCACAGAAGCACAAUAUUGUGAUAAGGCAUACAUUUUUGGAGAAAGGUCAUACGCAAACCGAAGGGGAUUCUAUGCAUAGUGUAAUUGAACGAGCAUCUAAGCUUAUCCCUUUAUUUACCCCUGAUCAAUGGUAUACUUUAGUACGCACGGCAAAAAGAAGUAAACCGUAUGUAGUAACUGAGAUGGGCAAAGAGGAUUUUUUUGAUUUGAAAGCGCUUGCCAAGGAUACCAUUUUGAAUUGGGAUCGUGAUGUGGAAAAUGAGAAGGUUUCUAUAAAUAAAAUACGAAUUUUAGAGGCAACCUUCAGAUUUCCAAAUAAAAUUUUAUUCAAAUACGACUACAAUGAACCGUUCAGAACAAUUGAUUUAUUAACAAAAGGCAGGAGGACAAUUGAUGUUGAUCUAAAAAAUAUACAGUUAAAGCAAUGUUACAAGGGUGCUAUCCCGAUCAGCAAAAAAAGUAGCAAUAGUUGA